AUGGGCCACGACGGGCAUCUCUUCUUUGAAGGUCUCUUAAUUUUUACGUGUAUAUUUCCGACAGGACUGACCAUUGCAAUCAUUCUGAUGGCCACCGUGGUGACCACCAUCACUGGUCUGUCCACCUCCGCUAUAGCAACCAACGGAUUCGUACGAGGAGGGGGCGCUUACUACCUGAUCUCCAGGAGUCUGGGACCAGAGUUUGGGGGCUCCAUCGGUCUGAUCUUUGCCUUUGCCAACGCCGUGGCUGUGGCCAUGUACGUCGUAGGCUUCGCCGAGACGGUUGUGGAAAUGCUGAAUGAUGUCGACGCCCUGAUGACUGACGAACUAAAUGACAUCAGAAUCGUCGGGACUCUGACCGUCAUCCUGCUGUUGGGCAUCUCCGUGGCUGGGAUGGAGUGGGAAGCAAAGGCUCAAAUUGUCCUUUUGAUCAUCCUGCUUGGAGCCAUCGCUAACUAUUUUAUCGGGACAUUCAUGCCAACAAAAAACAAAGAACCCAAAGGAUUUUUUGGCUACAAAACCGCGAUCUUCAUCGAGAACCUCAGUCCGGACUUUAGGGACGAGGAGACAUUUUUCUCUGUCUUUGCCAUCUUCUUCCCAGCAGCCACUGGGAUUUUGGCCGGGGCUAACAUCUCCGGAGACCUCACGGACCCUCAGUCUGCAAUCCCUAAAGGAACCCUGUUGGCCAUCCUCAUAACGGGAGUCACAUACGUGGCUGUUGCCAUCUCAACAGGAUCCUGCAUCGUAAGGGACGCAACCGGAGACCACAACGACACGGUCAUCGACACGGUCAACUGCACCGACGCCGUCUGCACUCUGGGAUACGACUUCUCCAUCUGCAAGGAGGGCGGGUGUCAGUACGGCCUGAUGAACAACUUCCAGGUGAUGAGUCUGGUGUCGGCCUUCGGUCCUUUAAUCACAGCCGGGAUUUUUUCCGCCACCCUGUCCUCGGCUCUGGCCUCAUUGGUCAGUGCCCCCAAGGUCUUCCAGGCUCUGUGUGAAGACAACAUCUAUCCAGGACUGGGAGUUUUCGCAAAGGGUUACGGGAAGAACAACGAGCCUCUCCGGGGUUACGUCCUGACCUUCUGCAUCGGCCUGGCAUUCAUCCUCAUCGCUGAGCUGAACAUCAUCGCUCCCAUCAUCUCCAACUUCUUCCUGGCCUCCUACGCUCUCAUCAACUUUUCGGUCUUCCAUGCUUCCCUCGCCAACUCUCCAGGGUGGCGCCCCAGCUUCAAGUAUUACAACAUGUGGGUGUCUCUUGCCGGAGCGGUCCUGUGCUGCGUGGUGAUGUUUGUCAUCAACUGGUGGGCGGCUCUGGUGACUCUGCUCAUCGUUCUGGCUCUCUACGUCUACGUCAGCUACAAGAAACCCGAUGUGAACUGGGGUUCGUCGACUCAGGCGCUGAUGUACAACCAGGCUCUGAUUCACAGUCUGAAUCUGACUGCGGUCGAGGACCACGUGAAAAACUUCAGGUCAGUCUGUUUUUGUAGUCGUGGGGGGGCAGUUGUCAGUGUGUCAACGGGUGAAGCUGAUUUAGACCUGGUUAUUUACAUACCGAACUACAAGGAGUUUUUCCAGGAUCACGCUCGCUGUCAGCGCUGGCUCAACGCGAAGCGAAUCAAGGCCUUCUACACCCCCGUGUUCUCCGACAACCUCAGACACGGAACGCAGCUCCUACUGCAGGCCGUUGGUUUGGGACGACUGAAGCCGAACACGUUGGUGAUGGGUUUCAAGAACAACUGGAGGGAAGGCGACAUGAGAGACUUGGAGAUCUACAUCAACACCAUACAUGACGCCUUCGACCUGCAUUUCGGAGUCGUCCUCCUCCGUCUGCCGGAGGGACUGGACAUUUCUCACAUCCAGGGACAAGAUGAGCUGCUGCUGUCCAAUGAGAAGCCACCAGCCAGCAACAAUAACCAGGUGGUGAUAUCAGUCAGUGAAGCCAAAGACUCAGACUCGGACUCCUGUCCUUCAAAAACCACCAGCAACCAGAGCAGCCCCCUCAUCAUUAGAGGAUACGUUUUUUUGUCCGACCCCGUGUUAUUCCCAGGUCUGACUCUGCUGAUUCCGUACCUGCUGACCAACAGGAGUAAGUGGGGCGACUGCCGGAUCCGGGUUUUUGUCGGCGGGAAGAUCAACCGCAUUGACCACGAUCGCAGAGUGAUGGCCACGCUGCUCAACAGAUUCAGGAUCGACUUCUCCGACAUCAACGUCCUUGGAGACAUCAACACCAAACCAAAGAAAGACAAUAAGCGGAUCUUCAAGGGACUGAUCGAGCCGUACCGGCUGAAGGAGGACGACAUGGAGCAGGAGGCUGCGGAGAGGCUGAAGGCCCAAGAGCCGUGGAGGAUCACCGACAACGAACUGGAACUAUACAAGGCCAAGACCAGCCGUCAGAUCAGACUGAACGAGCUGCUGAAGGAACACUGCAGCAACGCCAAGCUCAUCGUCAUGACCAUGCCGUUGGCGAGGAAGGGAACGGUGUCCAGCGCUCUGUACAUGUCCUGGUUGGAAACUCUGUCCAGAGACGUCCCACCCAUGUUGCUGGUCCGAGGAAACCACCAGAGCGUCCUGACCUUUUACUCCUAA